AUGCUCGCCGCUCGCGCGUCGCCCGCGAAGACAGUAACGCGCGUCACCUUCGCUGCGUCUAAGCGCGCCCGUGCAGCCGCCAUCGUGCGCGCGACGAAGAAAGAAACUAACUCGUCCAAGGAUGAGGACGAGGCAAAGAUCGACUUCAAGGGUCUGAAGCAGCUCGUCUCCAUGGGCCUCGGGACGAUCAGCGGGGAUAUCACAGAGAUUAACCUAAAGGACCCGAAGCGCACGGUCGUGAUGGAGUUGGAGGCGAAUAACUUUGAGGACAAGGAUGGGAAUCCGUUGAAUUUCAUGAACAACGACGGGUUCGUCGGUGAGAAGGGUGAGGGCACGAGCUGGCUCAACGUCGCCGUGCCCAUCAUCCUUGGAGGGGUCAGCAUCGCCGGUAUCGCCGCGACGCUCAAGGCGCUCAUGUGA